AUGGCAAAGUAAGAUGCAAAAAAUAAUAAAAGAGAUCGAAGUCCAGUGGCUGUAUGAAAUUUAAUAAUUAAGGAAAUGAAAAUCUGGUAAGAAGCAGUAAGAAAGGAAAAUUAGCACUUAAAAGUUUAUGAACAUUUUACUAUCAAUCCACAUAAAUGUAUUUGCAACUGUUAAUCCUAAAUUUAGUAUACAUAAUCCAGGAGAAACCGAACAAUAGUAUCAUGUUGUAAAAACAUCUUGAAAAGACAGGAGCCAUUACUAAACCAGCAUUUGAUGUUAAUUAAAUCACUGAUGAUUCUCCACCUUUAGAAAGUAAUGAAAUCUCAAUAUUUAAGAGGAAAUCAUUGAUAAAUUGAAUACUAUGAAUAGAACUCCUCGAUAGAAAUACUAAUUUCCUUAAACAACUAAUUAAGAACUUGGAUGGCAUUCUAAUGUAUAUAUUAAUCUAUUUACUUUAUAAGAACUCUCAUAGCCUUUCUCCAUCCAAAUUUACAUAUCCAAGAAAAUUGUGUAAAGAAACCAAUUAUGCAAAUGAUUAUUUCACUAUGAAUAAAAUUAGUCCUUAUUCUAAUAAAUUUAAAUGA